GCGGCGUAAACGCGGGCCGCGAGCGACGCUGCGAGACCGGGGCGAGCCGGGCGCCCGCGCGGCUGGGACAGCCCGCGCCCAACAUGCGGAGGCCGGCAGCUGCAGCGGCGCCGGAGUGGGGGCCCGAGCGGGCGCCAGAGCCGGAGCCGGAGCGCGAACGGGGUCGGGAGCGGGGGCCCGCGCCGCGCUGCUGAGGGAGCCCGGGCCGCCCAGCCCGGCCGCCCGGCCGCGGGGCCACGGCCACGACCACGGCGGAGGCCGUCAGCCGAGAGCCACGAGAUUUGAGCUCCCGGGACCCGUCAGCAGCAUGUGUCCUCCCCCCAUGCGUGACCCCAAGGCCACUGAGAAGAGCGCUGCGGCCGGGCCCUCGCGAGCGCCCGCGUCUCACUAGCAGGAGCCCGCCGGGCGCCAUGGGGUGCUAGCCCUGAAGAGCCGCCGCGACCACAGGUCUCCGUGGAGCCGGGAUUUGCACGGCAGCAGAGUCACCGUGGAGAGGCCAGGGUACCACAAACUUAUGGAUUUUGACAAGAAAGGAGGGAAAGGGGAGUCGGAGGAGGGCCGGAGAAUGUCCAAGGCCGCCGGCCGGAGCAGCCACGGCGUCCGGAGCUCGGGGACCAGCUCGGGGGUCCUGAUGGUGGGCCCCAACUUCCGAGUCGGGAAGAAGAUAGGCUGUGGCAACUUCGGGGAGCUCCGGCUAGGAAAGAAUCUCUAUACAAAUGAAUACGUAGCUAUCAAAUUGGAGCCCAUCAAGUCCCGGGCGCCGCAGCUGCACCUGGAGUACCGCUUCUACAAGCAGCUCAGCGCCGCAGAGGGCGUCCCUCAGGUCUACUACUUCGGCCCGUGCGGGAAGUACAACGCCAUGGUGCUGGAGCUGCUCGGACCCAGCCUGGAGGACCUGUUCGACUUGUGCGACCGCACGUUCACUCUCAAGACAGUGCUCAUGAUUGCCAUCCAGCUGAUCACGCGCAUGGAGUACGUGCACACCAAGAGCCUCAUCUACCGCGACGUGAAGCCCGAGAACUUCCUGGUGGGGCGACCGGGCACCAAGCGGCAGCACGCCAUCCACAUCAUCGACUUUGGCCUGGCCAAGGAGUACAUCGACCCCGAGACCAAGAAGCACAUCCCGUACCGCGAGCACAAGAGCCUGACGGGCACGGCGCGCUACAUGAGCAUCAACACGCACCUGGGCAAGGAGCAGAGCCGCCGUGACGACCUGGAGGCGCUGGGCCACAUGUUCAUGUAUUUCCUGCGCGGCAGCCUGCCCUGGCAGGGGCUCAAGGCCGACACGCUCAAGGAGCGCUACCAGAAGAUCGGGGACACUAAGCGGGCCACGCCCAUCGAGGUGCUCUGUGAGAGCUUCCCAGAGGAGAUGGCCACGUACCUGCGCUACGUGCGACGCCUGGACUUCUUCGAGAAGCCGGACUACGACUACCUGCGCAAGCUCUUCACCGACCUCUUUGACCGCAGCGGCUUCGUGUUCGACUACGAGUACGACUGGGCUGGGAAGCCCCUGCCCACGCCCAUCGGCACGGUCCACACCGACCUGCCCUCGCAGCCUCAGGUUCGGGAAAAAGCCCUGCUAUACAGCAAAAACCAGGUGAGGGGCCGGCCGAGGACCCCAGCAGCGUGGGGGUGGGGAGAGCAGGGCCUACAGGACUCCCGUGCCCCUCUUGCCCCGCAGGCACUGAACUCCACCAACGGGGAGCUGAAUGCCGAUGACCCCACCGCUGGCCACUCCAACGCCCCCAUCACGGCCCCCGCAGAGGUGGAGGUGGCCGACGACACCAAGUGCUGCUGUUUCUUCAAGAGGAGGAAGAGAAAAUCUCUGCAGCGACACAAGUGACCCCGGGGCGGUGGCCUCUGAAGCCUCCCGCUGCAGCCCCUCGGGGCCCGCUUUUCCACGGCCGCGUGGCCACCGCUGGACGCAGACUGCAGGCCCGGCAGAGCUGCCAGCCCCCGCGUGGGGUCACUUCCUUCACGUAAGACUUUGGCCGAGAUUUCUACACCUGUGUCUAGUCCUCCCCUCCGAGAGCAUUAACUAUUUAAAACAAGGAAGAGAGAAAACCACAGCGGCCGCCCUGCCUUGUGCCCCCGCGCGUCUGCUGAGUAAGUAGCGCGGCCGCCUCCGUCCAGCCCGCCGCUCGCCCGUUAGUGUCAUAAAGUGCAGCUUGUCUCCCUCGAUCCAAAGGCCGUUUUCUCGAGGGGGCGCUGCGGGGCGUUGCUGCCAGGGGUGAGCCCGCCCUGGGCCUCCCCAGACCAAAGGGGAAGGCGGGAUGAGAGCGGCCCCCAACUGAAAUGCUGCACCAAAGCCUGGGCCGGUGGGCGCAGCCCGCGGGGGGUCUGCACACCUGCUCGUGGAGCCGCCGGCCUGGAACUCUCGGGGUGGCCACCGCGUGGCCCGUGGGCUCCUUGUGUCGCUCUGCGCUGCCGGCCGAGCCGUGGAGACAAGCGCCUUAAAGCCCAUCCGAGCCCCGCAGGUGCGUGUGGAGCUGGCAGCCCGUCGGUGCGGCCCCCGUGGUCCCCUGGGGCCCGCGUGCUGAGGGCAGAGCAGCUGGGGGCGCCCCGCGUGUGCGUCUAGGUCUUGCUUUACAAAAAGUGUACAGAAAUGGCACUUCCGUUUCUCUGAUGCUUCCUGGAAGCCAUAGAACUUAGGGGCUUUUUUUAAAAAAUAAAGGAAAAUGAAACCAAUUCUGAGCAUGGUGUCCAGUCUUUCCAAGGGGCUUGGCUGAGGCCAGCAGCAGCUCACAUAGCCAAGUCCCUGGGAAGGGACAGGCUAGGAGGCAGGACAACUUGGGGAAGGAGCCGGGGAGUGGCAGCCCCCUUGCUCAGGAGAAAUAAACGGUCGGAAACAAGGUAACAGAACUGAAGUGGAUGUAAGAACCAGGUUUAGGACUUCCCUGGUGGCGCAGUGGUUAAGCAUCCACUUGCCAGUGCAGGAGGACACAGGUUCGAGCCCUGGUCCCAGAAGGUCCCACAUGCCGUGGAGCAACUAAGCCCAGGAGCCGCAGCUACCAAGCCUGCACUCUAGAGCCUGCGAGCCACAGCUACUGAGCCCACAUGCCACAACUACUGAGCCUGUGCGUCUGGAGCCCGUGCCCUGCAACAAGAGAAGCCACUGCAUUGAGAAGCCCACGCACCGCAACAAAGACCCAACGCAGCCAAAAAAAAAAAACCAGGUUUGGUCUACUUGGGGCUGGUGGAAAAAAGAGCCAUUGAAGUAAAUCACAGUGAGAACAGCAAACACGGGAGCUGAAGGACAGGCUCCUUGCCGUUGUCUGCACAAGUCCAUCUGAAACCCUAACCCUAAGGCUUCCCUUCCAGGAGCAAAAAGGUACCAGCUGUAUGUGAAUGGUUAGGUCUUGAGUGAACCCGACAGCACAAAGUGGGAAGCCCUGUGACAGCGUCACAGUCACUGUGGACGCGGCUGAGGAAAAAUGACUUUGGUGGCUAUGGACUAAUUGUUUAUAUCCCCCAACAUUCAGAUGGUGCUGCCAGACCCGCAGUGGGGGACAGUGUUAGGAGGCAUGGGGCCUUCAUGAUGGGACUAGCGUCCUGGUAAGGAGAGGAGGAGAGACCAGAGCUCUCUGUGCUGGGUGAGGAUGCAGCGGGAAGGCGGCUGUCUGCAGGCUGGGACGCGGGCCCUCACCAGGAACUGGCCACACCGAUCUCGGACUCCAGGACAGUGAGAAAUGCCAUGUGUGGUUUCAGCCUGUGUUGUUCUGUUAGGGCAGCAUCAGCUAAGAAAACACAACAGCAGCAGUUCUUGAAACAGUUUCACAAGGAUCCAGGUAGUUGAAAACGAUGGCAGCCCACCGUCUGUCCCAAACAACACAGAACCACUGGGAGGAAUGCCUGCCGCGUGCAACAUCCUGCCUACACGUACAAAGUAAGGAACACCGCCAAGUCCCCCGUGGGAGCCUGGCCUCCCUCCCAGCCCUUUCUCUCUGCUGGGCCGUGUGGGAGCAUCGGCAGGGGGCAGCCAUCAAGGUGGGCAGAAGCCAAAAGGCAGAGGUUCACAGCACAACCUGCACAUGUCCCUUGCCCCAGCCAGGAACCCCAGCGUCCCCAGGAGAGAGCAUGAGGUCGGAGAAGGGCAGACUGUCCCAACAGCGUCAGAAGAUACGAAACCAUCUUGGAUCAGAAAUUCAAAAACAAGGGACAGACGCGGACAAAAACCAGACUUGGAAAUGGCUGAUCCAAUUCUGGAAGAAAAUGAAAGAACAGAUGAUUUUAGAAACGAAGGAUAAACUGUAAGGUGCCCCAGGCUCCAGGGGAGAUCUGAGAAAAGGCCUGGGAAGCAGAACAAGACGGUGAAGAGUUGACGCAGUUGCUGACGCAGGAGAUGGUGGCCGAGUGAGUGUCGGUUGCUGGGAGUUCCCUGGUGGUCUAGUGGUUAGGACUCCGUGCUUUCACUGCUGUGGCCAGAGUUCAAUCCCUGGUUGGGGAACCGAGAUCCCGCCAGCCACACAGCACAGCCAAAAAAUAAAAAAUAAAGCUGCUGCUGAGGGGAACUUUCCAGGUAGAGCCUGGAAUCUCCACCACGAAUUAGAGACAGUUGCCCACAAGGCACACCCUCGCAAGGAUGCGGGAGGACCUUACGAGGACGUGCACGGGGAGGGCCGUGACUGGGGCCUGCAGACAGAGAGGUAGAAUCGUGCACUGAGGCCCGAGAACUCGGCUCCUCAGCCUUUCCAGAAGCUGGUGGAACGAGCCUGAGCUGAGGCUCCCACGUGCUGCCAGGGUAUCCCUCCAGCACCGAGGCCUGGGAAGGCCAGUGCUGCCUGCCCGGUCCGGGUUGGAGGGGUAGAGGCCACCUCUGUGUUGUGGGGAAGUGGAAAUGGCGCAGCUGGGAGAGCAGGCGGAGAGGAGGCCAGGCCAGCCCUCUGGCGGUGCCGGAACCAGAGGGGUCGGCUCAUGUGGCGGUUUUCGUUAUAAACAGGGAAGGAACGCAGAAGAGAGGGGCACCUGUGUGAUGUUGGCCUAUUCCCACUUACCCCCACUUGUGCUAUUUUUGCCAUUUAUUUUACUUCUGACAUACGUUAUAAGCCCGCAACUCCCUGUCAU